CCGAGCUCUGCCCAGCUAGGCUCAGGACCCGAGACCAUGGUUUCUUAAGCACGGCCCUGCACCCCUUCCCUCCCCGCCAUCCGGAGCCCGGGACCCCGCGAAGAGCUCAGGGCGCUCGGUCCUAGCUCCAGCUCCGGCAAGCAGGGGCGCUCGGGCGAUGCGACCGCAGGGCUGCGCGCGGGUGGGCAGCGGGGAUGGCAGCGCUCCCGGAGCAGACCCGGCCUAGCAUGGCCCGCGCGCCAUCCCACUUCGCCUCCGGCUAGGAUGGCCCCCUCGGGCCCCGCCGGCGCCCAGCCCAGCCCGGCCGAGCCACUGUCGCGCAGCAUCUUCAGGAAGUUCUUGCUGAUGCUCUGCUCGCUCCUCACUUCCCUCUACGUCUUCUACUGCCUGGCCGAGCGCUGCCAGCCCGGGUCAGGCCCCGUCGCGGGGGUCCCGGGGCGCGGGGUCCCUGCAGGACCCGGGGAACUGGCGACCUGGCCCGCGGGGGCGCAGAGGAAGCGCCUCCUGCAGCUGCGGCAGCGGCGGAGGCGCGGGCGCCCAGGGCCGGGCGACGGCGGCGACCAGGACGAGCAGAGCCCCGGGCUGGCCGCCGCUCCGGGCGGCUCCGGGGCGGGAAGCAGCGUGGCCGAGGCCCAGCCGGGGACCCUGACCCUGCUCCUGGACGAGGGCAGCAAGCAGCUGCCGCAGGCCAUCAUCAUCGGCGUGAAGAAGGGCGGCACGCGGGCGCUGCUGGAGUUCCUGCGCGUGCACCCCGACGUGCGCGCCGUGGGCGCCGAGCCCCACUUCUUCGACCGCAGCUACCACAAGGGCCUCGCCUGGUACCGGGACCUGAUGCCCAGAACCCUCGAGGGACAGAUCACCAUGGAGAAGACGCCCAGCUACUUCGUGACCCGGGAGGCCCCCGCUCGCAUCUCGGCCAUGUCCAAGGACACCAAGCUCAUCGUGGUGGUGCGCGACCCGGUGACCAGGGCCAUCUCGGACUACACGCAGACGCUGUCCAAGCGGCCGGACAUCCCCAGCUUCGAGAGCCUGACGUUCCGCAACCGCAGCGCGGGCCUCAUCGACACGUCCUGGAGCGCCAUCCAGAUCGGCCUGUACGCCAAGCACCUGGAGCCCUGGCUGCGCCACUUCCCGCUGCGCCAGAUGCUCUUCGUGAGCGGGGAGCGGCUGGUCAGCGACCCGGCCGGCGAGCUGCGCCGCGUGCAGGAUUUCCUGGGCCUCAAGCGCAUCAUCACCGACAAGCACUUCUACUUCAACCAGACCAAGGGCUUCCCGUGCCUCAAGAAGGCGGAGGGCAGCGGCAAGCCGCACUGCCUGGGCAAGACCAAGGGCCGCGCGCACCCCGCCAUCGCGCGCGAGGUGCUGCGGCAGCUGCGUGACUUUUACCGGCCCUUCAACCGCAAGUUCUACCAGAUGACCGGCCGCGACUUCGGCUGGGAUGGAUAGUAGAUAUAAUUUAAAAAGAAAAAAAUAUAUAUAUAUAUAUAAAAGUAUAAUAUAUUUUUGUACCAGUCGGUAGAGAAAAGACGGUUUAAUAUUUGUGUAUUAAGUGUGUGUUGCAGUAUUCCACCCCUCUAUGGUCCCCAUGGAUAACCAGCACCAAACACGUGCAUAGCGGAAAAGGAGAUCUCACGUAUUUAAGGAGCCUCAUCUCUUCAGUGUGUUUAUGUUCUGAACACUCAUUCAGAAAGGCUAAAUCAGCACCAGUACCCACUAACCUUGAAGCUGAAAAUCCCCAGGGUGAACCUCUCUUUUUGUCAAGUACAGAAACCUGAUAGACUUUGAGACCGGGCCUUCCGCUUUUCUCUCUCUCUCUCCUGGUCACUUUUCCCAGAAGUCACUUAUCAGUUAGUGAUACUCUGCAUACGCACAGGGCAGGUUUCCCUUGUCUUUACAGGAAUCAUCAUUUUCUGUUUUAGAGAUAGGGGAAACUGAGUCUCAGGGAGGUUGAAUGACUCACCUUAAAGCUGGAUGGUGGAUCCUGGGCAAAAUCCUGCCUGCCACUUUUCCUCGAUUUUAUGACAACAUCCCACCUUCCCUCCCCACCCCGGGGGGCGGGGGAAGCAUAAGACACCUGGAGCUUUAGAAGACGCUCCGGAGUGAUCCUGACAGGGCGGAGGGCGGGUCUAUUACAGCAAUCUGAGUUCCAGGCUGGCCUAGGCGCCCAGCUUCAUUACAUAACUGUAUUCAAGGAAGUCACUGAGAUGGGGACACAAGCUCUUGCCUCUUGGCUGAUCAAAGCAUGCUGAGACAGGGAAAUCUGACCUAUGGGCUGGUCAUUUGAGUUAGAGAAAUAACAGAAUUCUUCUUUUGAAGGAAGAUGAACAGAUACAGCUAAGAGUAUGGGAGAGUAGUGCUUACUGCUUGUUGAUAUGACUUUUUUUUUUUUUUAAGAAAAAGCUCUCUUCAAUUAGAACUUACAAAUACGAAUUCCCUUUACCUUGUUUUAGAAACAGAAUCUGCCUUCCUUUGUAGUAUCUCAUGUCUGAGCUCAGCUCCUUCCCUGAUCCUCCAGUUUUCCCAGAUUGAGGCCUAACACUCACUUUAUCCACAUUCUCCCCACUCCCAUUUCCUUCUCAUAUGAAUUAUAGCCUGGUGCUCAUUAAUGUUUGGAAAAUAUUCUAAGAAACAUGGUUGUGGGUAGAAUGGUGGCUUCUCCUCUGCUCCUACCUCCCAUCCUCUGUCUAAAUGGCUCAAAUGAAUCAAUAGUUUAUUAAGAGCACUCCUUGCUCUCUGAGUGGAUAUUAACAAGAUUAGCAUUAAUGGGAAUUAAAUUGGUUUAGCAAGGAGCACAUAUGCGCUGAUCAUAUAAAACAUUCAUAAUUACUCUGUCAGCAACAUUUUAUCACAGGUUUAAGACCAACAAGAACACAUUUUCUAUUCCAUCAAUAUUUUCUUUAUCUACUGAAAUUUAAAGGGCCAGAUACUCUAAUAUACUAAAACAAUGUCCUGCUUUUCUCUGCUGUCAAUCAAGAAAACUAAAGAUUGUUUUAUAAUAUGCUGGAUGGCUGUGGGUUUGUCGCAGAUGCUCCAUCAAGGGUGUACACGAAUCUCUUAAGAAAACUAAUACUGGGUUAAAAUGAAGUGAAAACAUCAUUUUAAGUUUCCCUAUAUUUUGUCAUCUUCAGGAUUAUUUGAUGAUAUUUCAUUUAUGGGAAUUAUGCCCUAAACUCAGGUUGCUUUUUCCACUUUGUCUCCUACACGUCUAUGCCCUCGGUGUUCAGUGCCGCAGUCUGUUUUUAGUCAGGAUGAGUCAUCACCAGCAGCCACCAGAGACUCAUUUUAAACCCUGCUCAUCUUUUAAUUUGUUCUGUUUGCGCUUCUGAGUCGGUUGUAUUCCUCUCUCUGCCUGCCAUUGUGCAAAAGCGGCUUGCACAAAAAAAAAAAAAAAAAAAAAAAAAUCAGAAUUGUAUCUAACAUCGGCACUCAGUAACCUUUUUUUCCCAUGGAAGAGAUAAUAAAAGAACAAAAUUGAGUGUGAA